AUGAAAUUCAUCCGAACUUUGUGCGCUUUUAUCCGGGAGAAAGGGCCGACCACCGAAAAGCUUCGACUUGUUCUCCGCGGCGGCCGCCACUUGCUGGAGUCCGAAGAGGCCUUGCUUCGGGACCUCUCCAAGGCUGCGGUGGCCUUGCUGCAGCAGCUUGAAUGGGGGUUGCUCGUGGUUAAUGAGGUUCAAGUCGUGCCAGCCCGGACGUUCCGAACAGUUGCCACCGGCAUCAAGGCUCACUGCUGCCUGGGCACAGCCACUCUGGUACGAGAAGACGACUUUAUUCAAGACUUGCACUGGCUCAUUGGGCCCAAGCUCUACGAAGCAAAUUGGCAGCAGCUGCAGGAUAAUGGCUAUUUAGCCCGGCUUCGCUGCAUUGAAGUUUGGCGCGACAUGUCCGAAGAGUUCUUCGUGCAACCAGGUUCCAUGCGGGCGACCAUCCAGCGUGCCCUUGGGACCUGCAACCCGAAGAAGCUCGACACCUGCGAGUAUUUAAUCCGGCUUCACGAGCAACGCAGGGACAAGAUGAUGGUUCAAGGGGUAGCUUCCAUGUCCAUUCUUUCCAAGCAUCCGAAUCUUUCUAGACAAACCAACCACAACCCUGGGGAAACAGCGAUCGGUUUUUGA